AUCACCGUGGCUCGCUCCCCCAGCAUGUUUCAGAAAUGUGUUAAGCUGUUCUACAGGCACGAUGGCUGUAACGAACUCGGAUCAUCUCUGGGGAUCUGGACGUGUGAUAUCCUUCGAAUUACGGAGCAGUUGUUACUGAAUUGGCAAUAACUACUGUAUUCAACUAAAUAAGAAUAAGUAUCGUCUGGGCUAUCGCAUCAGCUGGCGCGCGGCUUUAUUUGUUUCUGCGUGGCGAAUGUUAGCUAGCAAACGAAGCAGCACAGUGUCAAGCUAGCGAGUCAAGAUUGUGACAUUUGAGCUAAUCUAGCUAGCUAACAACUAGGUUGUUUCUAGCUUGGUACUCAUAGUGUAGUGGGAGCUGGUGUGUAGGUGAUGUUCUCCGUACUUUCGUACGGUAGACUGGUUGCCAGAGCAGUCAUUGGCGGACUCUCUCAAACAGAUAGCCGCGACUACAGCCUGGUAACAGCAAGCUGCGGGUUUGGGAAGGAUUUUCGGAAGGGUAUCUUGAAGAAAGGGAUGUGCUACGGCGACGACGCUUGCUUCAUUGCCCAACAUAAAUCUGCCGAUGUUUUGGGUGAGUAACUAAUGCCUGACAUUGGCAACUAUUCUAUAAUGUGAUGAUAUAACCGGCCUGGUUGUCUAGCUGGCUAACUAACAUGCCAGACUGCACAUUUGCUAGUUACAGUAGCUAGUUUGCGUUAAUUACGUUAGUGUUGUAUUAUCAAACAAUAACAAACCAGGGACACUCGGCAUGGACUGUAUUUUGUUUGAUAAUGAUGUACAAUUACUAGAUGCACAAUACGCUAACUAGGUAGCUAUGCUAUUGGCUUAGUUUCAAGCCAAGAAAAUACAUUAAGUACGCUACAUUUGAUUUGCCAUCAUUGACAACCCAGUACUACUGACCUAUAUGAACGAGUCGACUAGUACAACCUAAUUCUGCUGACCUUUGGCUGUGACCCAAAGACAUGAAGGUGUCUAGAUUAGGGUUUCCCAAAGAUCUUGAUGAUGAGUUGGUUAUUUGAAUCUGCUGUGUAGUGCUAAGUCAAAAACCAAAACGUGCACCCAGGGGGGGCCCCAGGACCGAGUUUGGGAAACCCUGUCCUAGAGGUCAGAGCUGCAUGUAGUAGUUUGAGAGUUGUAAUGAUAGGGGGGCAGCCAUAACCAAACUGUAACCAUUAUGUACACAUGAAGAAAUCAAUUAAAAGAUGGACAUUGAGAACUUCUUGCUUGUUUUUCACUAUAACUAGGCUACCACCAGUCUGUCCCAGACAGACUUAAUUUUUCAUUCACACUUUACCCCCCAUGCCACAACAUACAGUACCAGUCAAAAGGUUGGACACACCUACUCAUUCAAGGGUUUUUCUUUAUUUUUACUAUUCUCUACAUUGUAGAAUAAUAGUGAAGACAUCAAAACCACGAAAUGACACAUGGAAUCAUGUAGUAACCAAAAAAGUGUUAAACAAAUCAAAAUAUUUUUUUAUAUUUUAGAUUCUUCAAAGUAGCCACCCUUUGCCUUGAUGACAGCUUUGCACACUCUUUUGUUUAACACUUUUUUGGUUACUACAUGAUUCCAUAUGUGUUAUUUCAUAGUUUUGAUGUCUUCACUAUUAUUCUACAAUGUAGAAAAUAGUAAAAAUAAAGAAAAACCCUUGAAUGAGUUGGUGUGUCCAAACUUUUGAUUGGUACUGUAUAUGGUGUACCUAACUGGUCCUGGACCUCAGGAGGACACCAUGUUACAAAACGUUCAGAGAUAAAUGUAGUGUGGAACAGACAUGAUCCUCUGCCUUGUAAAAUAAGGAACCGGUUUAGCACUAAAUUAACAGCACAUCUAUCAGAAGCAUUCUAGAGACAUUCUACCCCUAGCCCAGUUCAUACAACAAGUAUGACAACAAUACUUGGACCUCCUGAUCCUCACCAUGACUGAUGGUUGGUGUCUCAGAUUUGUCAUAAUCACAUUGAUGGACGAACCAAUAGUUCUGCUGCAAAUAGUCACAUUUCUGUAGCCCACAGUUUAAAGGGCAUUGUAUAUUUUGUUAGUAUCCUGUAAGCUAAACUGAAUGCUGCUUUGUUGUUGGUCAUGUGGCUAAUUGAAUAAUUGCACUGUAAUGCUAGAAAGUUCAAUGCUUUUGCAUUGAAGCUAUGAUUUCAGGUAACACUGGCUUUAGAGAAGAAUGGCAUUUGAAAGCUAUCAAAACAACUUAGAAAAGGUGAUUCAGAAAUUGAGGUAGCCUAACCAAAGCCAGAAUAUCGCCUUUGACUUGAUAGAUUAAUAGCUGCCAUAGCUAAGUUAUUUAUCAUCAAAUAUGAUUACGUAGUACCGGUCUUGACUGGAUCAAACCGGUGAGAAGCUAGUUAAGCUAGCUAACGUUAAGUACUGUAUACUUGAGGCUACAUGAGGCAGGCCAUGUCUGAUUGUUGUCACAUCAGUGAGCCAAAGGUUGGCAGGGAAAGAGUGAGAGAGGACCGUCCUUGUAUGGUCACAGCAAGAGCUGAUUCUUGUGUCUGGGAAGCAGCUGGAAAUAAUUGCAUUCCUAGGAAAAACUUGGACUUUAAGACCAACUGCUCCCAUAAUAGGCAGAGGUACAUUUCAAUAACCAUAGAAACCAAAUGUUUCAGGGUUCUAUACAGUGUGAUUAUGUGACUGCAGGCUAGUGUAUGGGCUUGUUGAUAAUGUAAUGUGACUUGACAACUAAAGACAACUUCAUAAAACGUUCAGUUUCAGAUGGCUAUCAGUAAAAGUUGUUUAUGCACCUUCCGUAGCCUCCAACUGCUCUUAAACGCUAGUAAAACUAAAUGCAUGCUCUUCAAUCGAACGCUGCUGGCACCCGCCCACCCGACUAGAAUCACUACUCUCGGCGGGUCUGACCUAGAGUAUGGACAACUACAAAUACCUAGGUGUCUGGUUAGACUGUAAACUCUCCUUCCAGACUCACAUUAAGCAUCUCCAAUCCAAAGUUAAAUCUAGAAUCUGCUUCCUAUUUUGCAACAAAGCCUCCUUCACUCAUGCUGCCUAACAUGCCCUCGUAAAACUGACUAUCCUACUGAUCCUUGACUUCAGUGAUGUCAUUUACAAAAUAGCCUCCAACUCUACUCAGCAAAUUGGAUGUAGUCUAUCACAGUGCCAUCCGUUUUGUCACCAAAGCCCCAUUAUACUACCCACCAUUGUGACCUGUACGCUCUUGUUGGCUGGUCCUCACUACAUAUUCGUCGCCAAACCCACUGGCUCCAGGUCAUCUAUAAAUCACUGCUAGGCAAAUCCCCGCCUUAUCUUAGCUCAUUGGUCACCAUAGCAACACCCACCCGUAGUAUGUGCUCCAGCAGGCAUAUCUCACUGGUCAUCCCCAAAGCCAACGCCUUCUUUGGCCGCCAUUCCUUCCAGUUCUCUGCUGCCAAUGACUGGAAUGAACUGCAAAAAUCUGUGAAGCUGGAGACACUUAUCUCCCUCACUAACUAUAAGCAUCAGUUGUCAGAGCACCUUACCGAUCACUGCACCUGUACACAGCCCAUCUGAAAUUAGCCCACCCAACUACCUCAUCCCCAUAUUAUUUAUUUUGCUCAUUUGCACCCCAGUAUCUCUAUUUGCACGUCAUCUCUUGCACAUCUAUCAUUUCAGUGUUAAUACUAAUUAUAAUUAUUUUGCACUAUGGCCUAUUUAUUGCCUUACCUCCAUAACUUGCUACAUUUGCACACACUGUAUAUAUAUUUUCUGUUGUAUUUUUGACUUUAUGUUUUGUUUACCCCAUAAUUUUUUACUUUUUUAUUUCACCUUUAAAACAACACACUGCUUUGCUUUAUCUUGGCCAGGUCGCAGUUGUAAAUGAGAACUUGUUCUCAACUGGCUUACCUGGUUAAAUAAAGGUUAAAUAAAAAAUUAAUAAAAAAUUAUCAAUGGAGAUUGUUUCAGUAAAUUUGUCAAGUUGACAAUUUGUCGAAGCAUGUCAAAGAAAUGCUUAUUCGCUGAAGUGUCCCUUGUGUUUCAUUCUAAGCACUGUCUUGCGCUACACUUGGUGUUUUAGUGAAAGUGUCUAUUGUUUCUCCUGUCACAACUGCGGGAAGACAUCUAGUACUUGUUUCCGACCAAUAUGACCUCUUCCAACUGUGUUCUUGAUAGAGUGUUAAGAAUAACCAUAAUGCAAUCUUGAUUCUUGCCUAUCCUUCCUAUCCUGUUAUCCUCUAUUGAACCAAUACCUGACUGUGGUUUCUUCAGGUGUGGCAGAUGGAGUGGGUGGUUGGAGAGACUACGGGGUGGACCCAUCACAGUUUUCAGGGACCCUGAUGAAGACGUGUGAGCGGCUGGUAAAGGAGGGACGCUUCGUUCCAAGCAACCCUGUGGGCAUCCUCACUACCAGCUACUACGAGCUCCUACAGAACAAAGUGCCUCUGCUAGGUGAGUAAAGGCAGCCCUUGAGGAGCACUUCUGUGAACCUGGAGGCUGGCGCAAAAAUAAAUCACAAGGGUCUGCCUCAUACUGACUAGAAUAGGCAUUUACAAUAGAGAAUACGGUAUUUGUAUCUUUUUUUCUUUUUUUUCUUUCAUUUUUCUUUUUUUUAGGGGGUAGAUCAGCUUUAAUAUUUCAGAUAGAUUGUAACUUCGUCAAUGUAAUUGUCUGCAUCACUGGUCAAUGACCUGAAGAGAGCUGGGACCACAGUCUCAAAGAAAACCAUUAGUAACACACUACGCCGUCAUGGAUUAAAAUCCUGCAGCGCACGCAAGGUCCCCCUGCUCAAGCCACCGCAUGUCCAGGCCCGUCUGAAGUUUGCCAAUGACCAUCUGGAUGAUCCAGAGGAGGAAUGGGAGAAGGUAAUGUGGUCUAAAAAUAGAGCUUUUUGGUCUAAACUCCACUCGCCGUGUUUGGAGGAAGAAGAAGGAUGAGUACAACCCCAAGAACACCAUCCCAACCAUAAAGCAUGGAGGUGGAAACAUCAUUCUUUGGGGAUGCUUUUCUGCAAAGGGGACAGGACGACUGCACCGUAUUGAGGGGAGGAUGGAUGGAGCCAUGUAUUGCGAGAUCUUGGCCAACAACCUCCUUCCCUCAGUAAGAGCAUUGAAGAUGGGUCGUGGCUGGGUCUUCCAGCAUGACAACGACCCGAAACACACAGCCAGGGCAACUAAGGAGUGGCUCCUUUGGAGGGAGCUGAAAGUCCGUAUUGCCCAGCGACAUCCCCGAAACCUGAAGGAUCUGGAGAAGGUCUGUAUGGAGGAGUGGGCCAAAAUCCCUGCUGCAGUGUGUGCAAACCUGGUCAGGUCCUACAGGAAACGUAUGAUCUCUGUAAUUGCAAACAAAGGUUUCUGUACCAAAUAUUAAGUUCUGCUUUUCUGAUGUAUCAAAUACUUAUGUCAUACAAUAAAAUGCAAAUAAAUUCAUUAAAAAUCAUAGAAUGUGAUUUUCUGGAUUUUUGUUUUAGAUUCUGUCUCUCACAGUUGAAGUGUACAUUUUCAUGAUGUCCAUCUGGUUUGCUUCUAUAUGCCAUAUUUUUCUAACUGUGCUCUUUCACAAAAGCUCUCAACCUAUAACCUAUAUACUUAUUAUGGACACAGUAUGCUUUACAUUAGUUAUCUUGUUAUUGUUAUUAGUUCCAUCCUUCAGCUCCAUUCAACACCUCCCAUCUACAGUGGGGGAAAAAAGUAUUUAGUCAGCCACCAAUUGUGCAAGUUCUCCCACUUAAAAAGAUGAGAGGCCUGUAAUUUUCAUCAUAGGUACACGUCAACUAUGACAGACAAAUUGAGAAAAAAAAAUCCAGAAAAUCACAUUGUAGGAUUUUUAAUGAAUUUAUUUGCAAAUUAUGGUGGAAAAUAAGUAUUUGGUCACCUACAAACAAGCAAGAUUUCUGGCUCUCACAGACCUGUAACUUCUUCUUUAAGAGGCUCCUCUGUCCUCCACUCGUUACCUGUAUUAAUGGCACCUGUUUGAACUUGUUAUCAGUAUAAAAGACACCUGUCCACAACCUCAAACAGUCACACUCCAAACUCCACUAUGGCCAAGACCAAAGAGCUGUCAAAGGACACCAGAAACAAAAUUGUAGACCUGCACCAGGCUGGGAAGACUGAAUCUGCAAUAGGUAAGCAGCUUGGUUUGAAGAAAUCAACUGUGGGAGCAAUUAUUAGGAAAUGGAAGACAUACAAGACCACUGAUAAUCUCCCUCGAUCUGGGGCUCCACGCAAGAUCUCACCCCGUGGGGUAAAAAUGAUCACAAGAACGGUGAGCAAAAGUCCCAGAACCACACGGGGGGACCUAGUGAAUGACCUGCAGAGAGCUGGGACCAAAGUAACAAAGCCUACCAUCAUUAACACACUACGCCGCCAGGGACUCAAAUCCUGCAGUGCCAGACGUGUCCCCCUGCUUAAGCCAGUACAUGUCCAGGCCCGUCUGAAGUUUGCUAGAGUGCAUUUGGAUGAUCCAGAAGGGGAUUGGGAGAAUGGCAUAUGGUCAGAUGAAACCAAAAUAGAACUUUUUGGUAAAAACUCAACUCGUCGUGUUUGGAGGACAAAGAAUGCUGAGUUGCAUUCAAGGAACACCAUACCUACUGUGAAGCAUGGGGGUGGAAACAUCAUGCUUUGGGGCUGUUUUUCUGCAAAGGGACCAGGACGACUGAUCCGUGUAAAGGAAAGAAUGAAUGGGGCCAUGUAUCGUGAGAUUUUGAGUGAAAACCCCCUUCCAUCAGCAAGGGCAUUGAAGAUGAAACGUGGCUGGGUCUUUCAGCAUGACAAUGAUCCCAAACACACCGCCCGGGCAACGAAGGAGUGGCUUCGUAAGAAGCAUUUCAAGGUCCUGGAGUGGCCUAGCCAGUCUCCAGAUCUCAACCCCAUAGAAAAUCUUUGGAGGGAGUUGAAAGUCCGUGUUGCCCAGCGACAGCCCCAAAACAUCACUGCUCUAGAGGAGAUCUGCAUGGAGGAAUGGGCCAAAAUACCAGCAACAGUGUGUGAAAACCUUGUGAAGACUUACAGAAAACGUUUGACCUGUGUCAUUGCCAACAAAGGGUAUAUAACAAAGUAUUGAGAAACUUUUGUUAUUGACCAAAUACUUAUUUUCCACCAUAAUUUGCAAAUAAAUUCAUUAAAAAUCCUACAAUGUGAUUUUCUGGAUUUUUUUUUCUCAAUUUGUCUGUCAUAGUUGACGUGUACCUAUGAUGAAAAUUACAGGCCUCUCAUCUUUUUAAGUGGGAGAACUUGCACAAUUGGUGGCUGACUAAAUACUUUUUUCCCCCACUGUAUCUCUUAACACCAUCCAUAUUGGAUUUCUAUUUGCCAUAUAUAUUUCAACUGUGAUGUCUUACAAAAGUUCUGAACCUUUCUAUUCUCAUUGUUUCUACAGAUCGUAAAUUGAAAAUAAACAUUUUUGCUAAAAGUAUUAUUAUAUUAUUGAUUGAUUGACUAUGACUUUUCAGUUCACCCAGUAGUGCUAUCUGCAGUGUUAGCGCCAGGUAAAUAUUGCAAUCCUUUAGCCAUUCCUGGACCUGUGUCCAAAAACAAGCUACAAAUGGACAGUACCAAAACAAAUGAUCUAAUGAUUCUGUCUCUUCGCAGCAAAAUCUGCAGAGCUGGGAAGAUUGUAUCCCCCAUAUAAAUAACAUUCUAUUGGUAGCUAGAAUUUUAUAUAAUAUAAAUUGAAAAAUUCUAAGUUUUGAAUUCGGCGUCGUUUUGCGUAUCAAUUCAUAAACACUAUGCCAUGGGAUCGGUACGUCAAAAAUCUCUUCAACUAUUUUGCAAUCUAUAUGGGACGGCUGUCAAUCCUUUGGUCCUUAAAUGAAACUGGUAUACUUUUUUAUUUAUCACAAUUUUCUUUAACCAAUUAUAUUCUUUAAUGCAAGGCCGACAGACAAGUUCCUUACCUUUUCCCCCUUCCACUUUCCUUUUCCAUUUUUGCGGUAAUGCUGCAAUUAUUUGGUUGUAAUUUUGGGUAGAGCAGACAUUUCCAUAUGUUUUUGUUAGCUGCAUGUGCGGCAUAACUCCACCAGUCCUACCGAUAAUAUAAUUUACGAAGAUUUUUUAUCAAUUAGUUUAUUUGAGUUUAACCACAAUAUUUGUUGCAUUAUUUGUUCUGUCGUUUCUGGAGGAUUAAAUUGAAAUUGCAACCAACUUUCUAUGGCUUGUUUUAGAAAUAGUGAUAUUUGGGAGAUUAUUUCCUUUUCAAAUAACUGAAAGUGAGGGAAAAGGCCAUUCUUGAACAUUGGGUGAGACAAUCUUACUAAUUUGCUAGAGAACCAGUUCGGAUUUAAGUAUAACUUUUAUAUGACUGAAGCGUUUAGUGAUAGGUCUAAUGCUUUAAUAUUUAAUCAUUUCUGUCCUCCAAAUUCAUAUUCAUUAUAUAAAUAGGCCCGUUUAAUUUUAUCUGGCUUGCCGUUCCAAAUAAAAUGGAGUAUAUUUUUCUCAUGCAAUUAAAAAAACUGUUCGCUAGGUGUAGGCAAGACCAUAAGCAAAUAGGUAAACUGGGAUAAUACUAAAGAGUUAAUCAGGGUGAUUUUUCCACAAAUUUACAGGUAUUUAUACGGCCUUAAAGCAAUCUUAGAAUGGGCUGUUUUCUGUCUGGGUGGUUAGGCUAAAUUGCAUGUGGGGUGCUGCUAUUUAGAUAGGAUAUUUGCUUGAUGAGUCAGAGACCUGCUGCAUGCCUCUAUCCUGGGAAGUGUAAAGACUAGGAGAAGCCUAUCCCCGCCAGAAUCUCGUCUUGAUCCAUUGCUUUGCUAGAAUGGAGCAUGCAGAAAUGUGCAGGACAAAACUAACCGAGAGUGAGGAGUCAAGAGCAGUCCAUGUCGUCAGUCUGUACUUUUCCAUCCCAUCUCACAUGUAGAAGAGAAAAACAAGCCAGUAUUGUAUUUUUCCAGUGCUGAGGAGUACUGACGUGAGGCCAGCAGUAAUUGUAUUACUAUUGAAAAAACACAAGAAAGGGAGUGCGAGUAGGGUGAGUCAGAGAGCGUGAGGGGUUGUAGGGAGCUCCCAUAGAACAUUCUGGUGGUCCAGAUGACUCAUCAGCAGGGUGUGGCUGCACGCAGAGCCAUGUUUUCGCCGGUUCGUUUAACUUUUAUGUUUCCUUCAAUUUUAUCCUUCCAAAACGUUUCUCUUCCUGAAAUGCAUUGACAUGCCUGCCUCUUCUAACCACAGGUUUAUUUUUUAUUUUUUAUUUCACCUUUAUUUAACCAGGUAAGCCAGUUGAGAACAAGUUCUCAUUUACAACUGCGACCUGGCCAAGAUAAAGCACAGCAGUGCGAUAAAAACAACACAGAGUUACAUAUGGGGUAAACAAAACAUAAAGUCAAAAAUACAACAGAAAAUAUAAAAUAUAUAUACAGUGUGUGCAAAUGUAGCAAGUUAUGGAGGUAAGGCAAUAAAUAGGCCAUAGUGCAAAAUAAUUACAAUUAGUAUUAACACUGGAAUGAUAGAUGUGCAAGAGAUGAUGUGCAAAUAGAGAUACUGGGGUGCAAAAGAGCAAAAUAAAUAACAAUAUGGGGAUGAGGUAGUUGGGUGGGCUAAUUUCAGAUGGGCUGUGUACAGGUGCAGUGAUCGGUAAGGUGCUCUGACAACUGAUGCUUAAAGUUAAUGAGGGAGAUAAGUGUCUCCAGCUUCAGAGAUUUUUGCAGUUCGUUCCAGUCAUUGGCAGCAGAGAACUGGAAGGAAUGGCGGCCAAAGGAGGUGUUGGCUUUGGGGAUGACCAGUGAGAUAUACCUGCUGGAGCGCAUACUACGGGUGGGUGUUGCUAUGGUGACCAAUGAGCUAAGAUAAGCCGGGAAUUUGCCUAGCAGUGAUUUAUAGAUGGCAUAGAGCCAGUGGGUUUGGCAACGAAUAUGUAGUGAGGACCAGCCAACAAGAGCGUACAGGUCACAGUGGUGGGUAGUAUAUGGUGCUUUGGUGACAAAACGGAUGGCACUGUGAUGGACUACAUCCAAUUUGCUGAGUAGAGUGUUGGAGGCUAUUUUGUAAAUGACAUCGCCAAAGUCAAGGAUCGGUAGGAUAGUCAGUUUUACGAGGGCAUGUUUGGCAGCAUGAGUGAAGGAGGCUUUGUUGCGAAAUAGGAAGCCAAUUCUAGAUCUAACUUUGGAUUGGAGAUGCUUAAUGUGAGUCUGGAAGGAGAGUUUACAGUCUAACCAGACACCUAGGUAUUUGUAGUUGUCCACAUACUCUAGGUCAGACCCGUCGAGAGUAGUGAUUCUAGUCGGGUUGGCGGGUGCCAGCAGCAUUCGAUUGAAGAGCAUGCAUUUAGUUUUACUUGUGUUUAAGAGCAGUUGGAGGCUACGGAAGGAGUGUUGUAUGGCAUUGAAGCUCAUUUGGAGGUUUGUUAACAGUGUCCAAUGAAAGCCAGAUGUAUACAAAAUGGUGUCGUCUGCGUAGAAGUGGAUCUGAGAAUCACCAGCAGCAAGAGCGACAUCAUUGAUAUACACAGAGAAAAGAGUUGGCCCAAGAAUUGAACCCUGUGGCACCCCCAGAGACUGCCAUAGGUCCAGACAACAGGCCCUCCGAUUUUACACAUUGAAUUCUAUCUGAGAAGUAGUUGGUGAACCAGGCGAGGCAGUCAUUUGAGAAACCAAGGCUAUUUUGUCUGCCAAUAAGAAUGCGGUGGUUGACAGAGUCGAAAGCCUUGGCCAGGUCGACGAAGACGGCUGCACAGUACAGUCUUAUCGAUCACGGUUAUAAUAUCGUUUAGGACCUUGAGCGUGGCUGAGGUGCACUCAUGACCAGCUCGGAAACCGGAUUGCAUAGCAGAGAAGGUACGGUGGGAUUCAAAAUGGUCGGUGAUCUGUUUGUAAACUUGGCUUUCAAAAACUUUCGAAAGGCAGGGCAGGAUGGAUAUAGGUCUGUAACAGUUUGGAUCUAGAGUGUCACCCCCUUUGAAGAGGGGGAUGACCGCGGCAGCUUUCCAAUCUUUGGGGAUCUCAGACGUCAUGAAAGAGAGGUUGAACAGGCUAGUAAUAGGGGUUGCGACAAUUUCGGCGGCUAAUUUUAGAAAGAAAGGGUCCUGAUUGUCUAGCCCAGAUGAUUUGUAGGGGUCCAGAUUUUGCAGCUCUUUCAGAACAUCAGUUGUCUGAAUUUGUGUGAAGGAGAAGGGAAGGGGGGGGCGGCAUGGGCAAGUUGCAGCGGAGGGUGCAGAGCUGGUGACCGGGGUAGUGGUAGCCAGGUGGAAAGCAUGGCCAGCCGUAGCAAAAUGCUUGUUGAAAUUUAGCUUCAGUAUGAUCAUGAUAUAAUGCAACCAAACAAAAACACUACUCAUAAAUCAUCCUAACCAAUUUAUAAAUUAUUCAAUUGAUUAGUUAGUUACUGAUAUAAUCAGAAUGUAGAGCGUGCCACCCAUAUAUUUAUCGUCUUGUGUUGUCUCCUUCCAGGCAGCAGCACGGCCUGUAUCGUGGUGCUGGACCGGCAGAGCCAUCGGCUGCACACUGCUAACUUGGGAGACUCGGGCUUCCUGGUGGUGCGGGAAGGAGAGGUGGUGCACCGCUCUGACGAACAGCAGCACUACUUCAACACCCCCUUCCAGCUCUCCAUCGCCCCACCUGAAGCGGAGGGGGCCGUCCUCAGUGACAGGUCAGUUUCGUGGUCCUGCUGAAGCCAUAUUUUGUAUUUUAAAGAAGCUGUGUAGUUAUUUGUUUGGUUUUGAAGCACAGAGCCUAGUCUCUGCAUUGGUUCUGCCCUUGUGCUGCUCCCUGGUCUGUUCAGUACAGUGUUGCUGCAGUGUUAGUGAGUGUCAGUACUGCCACAGUCAGUGUGCAUGCCAGGGGUGGUUGGGGCCAUGUGCUGCUGUCUCUCCUUGUGUAGGCAUGUUGCAGACUCCAGUGGGGCCGGUGUUGGGUCCCCGCCACCGUCUAAGCCAGGUCAAAGUCUCAUCACACACACAGAAGGGUGGCCUAAGGGCCCUCCUCACAGCAGCCAAUCCGUGGUCUGCUGACCCACAGGCCUUCUCAACCCUGUAAUCUAGAACAGGGAGAUUAUUUAGAGCUGCUCAUGUGGGUUUCUCUAAACUGGUGUGAGCUGGAACUGAACAUGUUGUAAAUGUAGCUGAUACACAGCAUAGUACUUGUAGAAUAGGCCUAUUCACAACUGUAACCUCAUCAUACCUAUUAUAAUAUGGCUUGGUUUUGCUCAGUCUCCAUGGUUUAUCUCUAUACAGAAUAAACAGAUAUAGGCCCGGUUUCCCAAAAGCAUCUUAAGGCUAAAUUCAUCGUUAGAACCUUCGUAGGAGCAUCAUUAAAUCUCCGAGCUGUUUCCCAAAACCAUCGUUACCAAAGUUGCACUUGAAAACACGCUUGCUAUUUACGGACUGCCUCAGACCACUCAUAGAACAGCUUUUUUUAUUUUAUUUUUAUAUAUUUUAUUUAUUAUUUCACCUUUAUUUAACCAGGUAAGCCAGUUGAGAACAAGUUCUCAUUUACAACUGCGACCUGGCCAAGAUAAAGCAAAGCAGUGCGAUUAAAAACAACAACACAGAGUUACAUAUGGGGUAAACAAAACAAAGUCAAAAAUAAAACAGAAAAUAUAUAUACAGUGUGUUCAAAUGUAGCAAGUUAUGGAGGUAAGGCAAUAAAUAGGCCAUAGUGCAAAAUAAUUACAAUUAGUAUUAACACUGGAAUGAUAGAUGUGCAAGAGAUGAUGUGCAAAUAGAGAUACUGGAGUGCAAAUUAGCAAAAUAAAUAACAAUAUGGGGAUGAGAUAGUUGGGUGGGCUAAUUUCAGAUGGGCUGUGUACAGGUGCAGUGAUCGGUAAGGUGCUCUGACAACUGAUGCUUAAAGUUAAGUGUGUCGUUAGAUGCGUUUUUCCCAUACCGCGUCACUUUAAACACAGAAGAUCUCCGCUAAACAUAGAAUCAAGAUGUUUAUCUGUCUAGAAAGAUGCUUAAAAUUGAAAACCGAGAUGACUGCAUUAAAAGAUAAAUAGCCUACUUACAGUAUAGGCUAUAGGCCUAUAUAUAUGAAAUACAUUUCAUGUUCAUUAAAUUGAGUUUUAUUUUUAUAUUUGGCUUACGGUCUGUAAUUUUCCCCUCUAUAUUUCAUGAUGUGCCAAAUCUUGAUUUAGUGCAUUAUUAUAGGGUAAGCAUUAGGAUAAGCCGUCUCAAUAUUUGCAGCCAUAGGUGAUAAUGUCUCACUAUGAGCUGAUCCAUUGUCAGUAUUGUUAAUUAAUUAUAAUGUUAAGGGAAGAUUUUAAUGGAGAAAGCUAACCUGAGCAGCGCUGCCUUUCUCUCGAUUCAAUCAGUAUUGACACAUGCUCCAACGACGCACUUAGUGACCGUUCUCUCUGCGUGGUGUUUUGAGAAACUCAUGUUACAUCUUCGGCCGUUGUAGGAAAGAUGCAUCGUUAACACACUCGUAAGCCUAAGUUCCAUCGCUAUCGGGAAACUGGGCCAUAGUCAGUCCAUAUUUGUGACCUAUUUGACCUGGCCUUGUCGCAUAUAGGCUGGAAAUUCUCAUCUUUCCAUGAGCUAGAGGCUGCAGUAUGUUUUUCCAUUGAUAGUAUCAUAUUCAGGGUCAUAAGCGUUGUGAUUCCGCUGUAGUUGGUGGAAAGACCUGAUGUUAAUUUAAUUUAGAGCUAAAUCCGUGAUUCCUUAAUAGUGAAUAUUUUGAAACGUAGUACUUAAGCCUUGAUGUAAUGUAGGACUGUAGAUGGAAUGGCGGCUGGGUUACAGAUGGUUUAUAUAACAGCCAUGACUGUCGGGGAGUCUGGGGCAGAGGGAGAAUUAAUGCCGCCUUCCAAGAACUGAACUUGACACUCAACACUGAACUUGGCUCUGAUCGCACAUCAACAUAACAGAAGUUCCUUAGAACUUCCCAUGACGGCCAAGGUGUGCUUUCCUUGUGACUAUUCCCUAGAUUAUUUUCCACCAUACCUAUGCAAUUUGGUAUUUGUUAGCAGCAGCAUUUCACAGCAGAAAUAAUAGUUCAAAUGUAUAACUGCAUUGCAUGAAUCUUUUUUUAUAUUUUUGUAUACUUUAUUCCAGUGUUUGACACAGUGAUCUAUAGCCAUGUCUAACCUGAGGUGUGUGCCUGAGUCUCAUAGUCAGACAGGAGACCGAGCAGCAGUGUUUCAGUGAUCUAGGCUAAGGAAGGGCUAGAGGCACAGAUUAAACUGGGCUCAGACAGGACACAUUUCCUUCCUGGAGGGGGGUAUGUGAAGGGGGGCAAUUGGCUAACGUUUGCAAUUUGGUUAAGCACUUUUUUAACGCUCCCUCGUCAUGUGAAUUUCUAUCUCUAAUUCAACCUAAGCUUGAAUCAUUACCAAAGGUUGUAAGGCUCUGGUUUUAAUCAUCAAUGAUUCAAGGUCCAUAACCACGAAGAAGGAUUUUUUGUAUGUUUAUUCAUGGAGAGCUCUGGCGCCAAAAACACAUACAUACUGUUUUUAUACCUCUUGACAAACAAAGGCACUAUGCUCCUCCCACCUUUAGGUGGCUCUUUUAAACAGUUUCCGCCUUCUCCUUUACCCUUGAAUGUUUAGUACCCCCUCUGUUAGUGGGUUGACACUAUACGAUAAUUCGAAUAUCGUAUACACAUUUCUACUGUAUUUGAGGUGAAAUCCUUUAGAUUAAUUUGUGUAUUAAGAAUAAUGACUAUCAUAGGCACUAUAUCAUCAGGAUAUUUAACUAAUGCUCCGGAAGACUAUUAUUUCUCCCCUACAUUGUGUUAAGCUCUCUGUGUCCCCUCAGUCCUGACGCUGCAGACAGCUCCACCUUUGAUGUCCAGUUGGGGGACAUCAUUCUCACAGCCACAGACGGCCUCUUCGACAACAUGCCCGACUACAUGAUCCUACAGGAGCUGAAAAAACUCAAGGUACACCCUCGCAUAAACCCUUGCCGUACUUGUGUGCAACAAACAGGUUUACUGUUUAAUUCAGUAGAGUAUUGAAGUGGAGGAGCAAGACAUUCAAAAAAUACUAAGACACUCCUCCAUUUUUUGUUUUUGCAGAACACCAACUAUGAGAGUAUCCAGCAGACAGCCAGGAGCAUUGCAGAGCAGGCCCAUGUUCUGGCAUAUGACCCCAACUACAUGUCGCCUUUUGCGCAGUUUGCUUGUGACAAUGGACUGAAUGUAAGAGGUAAUGAUCAUCACUUUUAUCACUUCUUCAUGUGAGAGGAAAUUGGGGACGAAGCCAAGGUAGACCUCAUUUCAUAGUCCAUUUGCUCCAUUCCUGCCCUGCUUCCCUUGUGAAUGGUAUCCAGGCUAAGAGGGCUUCUCUAUAAAUCAGGAAGAAUGACACCCAGUGAGGAAUACGAAGUGACGGAUCACUUUGUUUUAUUAUAGUGUUCCUUCCAUUGCUCUCAGGCUGCUUCCUUUAUGGAUGAUGAAAAUGAGAGAUGGUUCCCAAAAUCGGUCCAUUCAUUCAUCCUCCUAACUGCAUCUCUUUCUCUUCCCCACAGGAGGAAAGCCAGAUGACAUCACCGUGUUGCUGUCAAUAGUGGCAGAGUACACAGACUAG